CCACACAAAAAAAAAGAUCAAUCCAAAAUCAUCGCCGAAAAUAAUCUAAAAAACCAACCAAAAGAAAGGAUUCUUCUUCUCGUUUUGAGCUUCUGUUGGUAUCUCUCCUCUCUCACCAUUUCCCAAUCGAAUUUAAAUCUCUCAUCCAUUUCCCUUUCUUCUCCCAUCGUGCUCAGAGCUUUGAACACGAUUUUAACAUCGUAAUCGAUUUUAUUUUCCCGUUUCCGUGCGAAAUGGUUACGUUCCUUCGAGUUACUGUUUAGUCUCUUCUGUUAGAUUAUUGAUUUCAGACAUUUAAAUUCACAAUAACCAAAUCUGAGAUCCUUUGUAGCCUCUUAUUAUCUUUGGGGUCGAAUAUUGUGUUUUUUUUUAGUUUUAGUUUUGUUUUUUUUUAGAUUAGCUUUGUGUACUUUCAGCGGGAAGUGUUUGUACUUUUCGGUUAGAGAUUUUGGUGGACCUUUUUUCCAACUAACUAACCAACUCUGAGUGUGGAAGAACAGCAUCUUCUUGAGUAUCUCACAAAGUCAUCAUCUUUAAGCUUUAUUAUUACCAACAAGUGGUCCAAAAGAUUAUGGAGAAUGAGGUUUUAUUAGGGUCAAAAGGGUUACUGAAGAAACAUGAAUUCAUCAGGAUUCUUAUCCAAUGCCUUUACUCCUUAGGUUACAAGAACUCCGCUUCUUGUCUUGAACAAGAAUCCAACAUCUCCUGUAAAUCCUCUGAGUUUGAGUUUCUCGAAAAGCAAGUUUUGAGUGGGGAUUGGGAUGGUUCUCUAGAGAUUCUCGACCGGGUUUUCGAUGAUGAGAGGGAUGAUGAGAGGAGGAACACUGCUUUGUAUUUGGUCUUGAAGCAGUGUUUGUCUGAGUAUUUGAAACGAGGGGAGACUUCUUUGGCUUUGAGUGUGUUGCAGAGAGAAGCUACCCGGGUGGGGAAGGAGAAGAUUCAUUUGCUUGCUUUUGAUAUUUUUACUUCCAAGGAGAUGGAGCCUGGUGAAGUUGAUGACUGUUUGGUUCAGGGUUUGAGGAGGAGGUUGUUGGAUGAGCUGGUGAAGUUGAUUCCUACGCCUGUUGUGAUUCCUGAGAGAAGGUUGGAGCGUUUGGUUGAGUCUGCUGUGAUGAACCAGAUUGAUACGUGUUUGUAUCAUAACUCAUGGGAUGUUGUAUCGCUUUAUGAGGAUCAUUGUUGUGGUAGAGACCAGAUCCCUUCAGAAACUGUUCAGGUUUUGAUGGCUCACAAAAAUGAAGUGUGGUUUGUGCAGUUUUCUGAUAGUGGCAAAUAUCUGGCCACUGCAUCAAGUGAUUGUACAGCUAUGAUAUGGAAGGUACUGGAUGACAACAAAGUCGAGCUGAUGCACACGCUUCAGAGCCACCAAAAUCCAGUUUCUUUUGUCUCGUGGAGCCCAGACGAUACAAAACUGCUUACAUGCGGAAACGCUGAGGUUCUUAAGCUAUGGGACGUUGACACAGGUUCGUUGAGACACACCUUUGGAAACAACGAUAGCGGAUUCACUGUAAGCUCUUGCGCAUGGUUCCCUGACUCAACUCGCCUUGUCUGCGGCAGUUCCGACCCAGAGAGAGGGAUUGUAAUGUGGGAUACUGAUGGGAACGAGAUCAAAGCCUGGAGAGGAACGAGAAUUCCAAAGGUGGUGGAUCUGGCUGUGACGCCGGAUGGGGAGAGUAUGAUCACAGUAUUUUCGGAUAAAGAGAUCAGGAUCUUGCAUUUGGAGUCAUUAGUGGAACGUGUUAUCACUGAAGAACAGCCGAUUACUUCCCUUUCGGUUUCCGGUGAUGGUAAGUUCUUUAUAGUCAACUUGAGCAGCCAAGAGAUACAUCUUUGGGAUCUUGCUGGAGAGUGGAAACAGCCACGGAAGUUUUCGGGUCAUAGACAAAGCAAAUACGUGAUACGGUCGUGUUUUGGUGGGUUGGACAGUUCGUUCAUCGCCAGUGGAAGUGAGGACUCACAGGUUUACAUAUGGAAUCUGAAGAACAAGAAACCGCUUGAAGUGUUAUCAGGUCAUUCCAUGACUGUUAACUGUGUGAGCUGGAACCCGAGAAAUCCUCGGAUGCUGGCCUCUGCGAGUGAUGACCAAACCAUCCGUAUUUGGGGACCUGGGAAACCCAACAAGCCAGAGAACCGGUUAGAUAGCCAGAAACAGUCAUAGGUUUACAACAGAGACAUAGUUCCAUAUUUGUGUGUAUAGUUUCUGUUUUGUUUCCUUGUUCGCUUUUGCAGAACAUAUUCUUUGCUUUUUGAGUUUUGGUACGCUGUGGUUUUGAAUAACCGGAUACUAAGAGAUGAAUGACACCAAACCGGUUUAGCGUGAAAAGCAGAAACGAGCUGUGUUAUAGUAGUUAGGACCGGGCAGUGUUUGCUAUUGACACCCAAAGUUCUUUAACUGUUUGGUGUUUUGGUCCCUCAUCAUGUGGC